UUGAUUUUCGAACGUUAGCCUAAGAUCGGUGCCCUAUCCUUUAAAUGCCCAUCGCCACCACCAUUAGUCUCUCCUCCUAAGAAACUAGCCGUUAACCCUCUCAUGGCUGCUUCAGUGGAUUCCCCAUCCCCAGCUGCCCACCUCAACAAGGAGUCUACUAGCUUGAUGGUUUCUUCUCCUCUGUUUAGCCCGGAUUCAGACAAGCGUUUUUGGAGCGCUCUACGUAGCCGGAUGGGCACGCUUCUUGAGAAUCGGCAACGCCAUGUCUCAAUCGGUCAAGAUCAGCUCAAUCUUGAUCCUUCUUUUGGCACACAUGUGAGAGUAGGUGAAUCAGAUCGAGCUAAGAGAAUGAAGGAAGAUUCGUUGCUUCUGCUAAGAGGGUUUGACUCCAUUUCUCAAAACCUUUCUCAGCUCUCUAAUAACCUGGACAAUGCUCUUCAGGGAGCUAGACAUCUAGCUGAACCACCCACAUUGAGAGAAAUAUUCCACAGUGUACUCGAGGACUCUGAGAUCAAACGAGAAGAUGAAGAAAAGCUACAAAAUGAAGAAGAAGGAAAGAAAGUAUUGAAGAGAAAGAUUGACCCAGAAGACAGAUCAGAAGAUCAAGAAAACGAUUUUCACAAGGGAAAUGAGCAAUGCCUUGAGAAUAAAAGGCUGAAGAGAGCCAAAAAUCUGGCAGUUUCCAUGGCAACAAAAGCAGCUGCACUUGCUAGGGAACUGAAGUCCAUAAGAUCCGAUUUAUGUUUUAUGCAAGAGCGAUGCGCUCUGCUUGAAGAGGAAAACAGGAGGAUUCGAGAUGGAUUCUGUGAAGGGACUAGACCAGAAGAAGAUGAUCUGAUGAGGCUUCAAAUGGAAGCACUACUUGCAGAAAAAUCCAGAUUAGCAAAUGAAAAUGCUAAUCUUAAACGGGAAAAUCAAUGCCUUCACCAGCUUGUAGAGUACCACCAAAUCACAACACAAGAUCUCUCUGCAUCCUAUGAGCAAGUUAUACGUGGAAUGUGCUUGGACUUUUCUUCUCCAUCAUCCUCUAUCAUGGAAGACAAUGAAGAUGACUGUGAAACUGCAAAAACACCUCAGAAGAAUGUUUUUGGAUUUGCCACUUCAAUCGAUGAAUCCUGUUACGAAGGAGGGGAUGAGUAAAUAACCAAGGAGAAUGAGAGGCAGUCACCGGUUUUGUCAGUAAUUUGAUCAGGGUUCUUAUUUUAGUUCCACUUGAACUGUACAUUUUUGUCGUGUGUUUCUCUGUUAAAAACCUUACACCAGGUGAAGCCAUGGGUUGCUUGAUAUGUGGAUCUUCGGUGCCUUCCUCAUGUACGGUGUAAUUUUGUUCCCACUAUUAAUCAUUAUGAGAAUAAAUGGGGCUUCACUGCGCA